CCAAAAUAAAAUCAAAAUUUUCCACAUAUUUGUACACACACAAUACAUACAUACAUCGUUAUACAUGUAUGUCUCGUACCAGAAUCUUUGAAGAGCGUGCUUGGAGGGAGAAACAACACUUAACUAUGUAUCUCCCUUCCAUUAUUUAUUUCUUCUACACAAACAAACGUUACACUUUCAUUUUUCAAAUCCUAAUCACUUUUCUGGUCUCCAUUUCUGUUCCGUUCUGUAAGUAUAUUUUAUAAACACAGACACAUAUUUAUGUAACACCCACACAAAACACACACACACUGUGUGUUAUUUUUGGAUGUAAGAAAAACCCACUUCACUUAGAUCUGCAACUUGGCUUACAACUAUGUUAUGUAAUAAAUAUAUGUGUGUGUAAGUACUAGGUCAAUGUAUGCAUUCAUUUUGCAUUAGGGUUCUUUUUAUAUUGUGAUUUAGCUUUUUGGUUAGAAGUAGGAAAAAAUUAUGUUUUACAGCAAAUAUAUGUGUUUUUAAGUAAUGGGUCAAUGUGUAUUCAUUGAAUUGGUGUUCUUUCUAGCAUUUUUUUGAGUUCUUUGUGUUAUUUGAAGUGCUUCUAUAGGUUUUAAGCAAUAAAGAUUGGUGCUUUAUUGUGCUAGGCCACUGUGUAUUGCAUUAGUUUGGGUAGUUUUGAUUAUUUGAGCUGAUUUUAUAAGUAGUUUUUAGGCAAGAAAGAUUGAUAAUGAUGUCAGAGAUGCAUGGUGGCAUUGGAAAGAUUGCCAGCAAUCAGCAUAUGAAGAAAGAACUCACUCAAAUUCGAAAGGCUGCAAGGGUUCUUAGAGAUCCCGGGACUACCUCGACGUGGCGGUUGCCUUUAAGUUCAGGUAGAUCUUUAGCUGUUGUUGCAAAUGAGGCAUUGCCAUCUUUUCGAUAUAAUCAUUGUUAUGAUAGUUAUAGGAGUAAUGGUAGUGGUAAUGAAUUGGUUUAUGAUAGUAAUAAGGUUAAUUUGGGAGAUGAAAAUGAUGGUAGGUGUAGUGGGAAGGUUAAGGAUAAAAGGGUGUUUUUGUGUAAUUGGAAAAGUCAAAAAUCGGGUAGCGAAAAGAGUAUGCAAUCAUUAGGUCAGAUAGUAAGGUAUGAGAAAAGAGAUGGAGAUAAUGACGGUGAUAUGUCUUUAGAGGAAGGUGUUGAUAAUAGUGUGAGUGGUUCGCGGAAUGGUGGUGGGGAUUCGAAGACUGAUACUUUCUUUGCGGAUAGAUAUGCUGCCUUGGUCUUUGGAUGUAAAGGUGCAAAGUUAAUACCGUCAGUUAGGAGAAAUACUAUGAAGAGAAAAGUGAAAAGGACUACCCGAUCAGCUGCUUUGUGGGAAUACCAUUUGCAGCAACAAAUUGUGGGUAGUAAGACUGGAAAGGAAGAAGAUUUGGAGAGUUUUGUUGAUCAAUCUGAUGAUACUGGAUACUUCAAUUCUGAAGAUUUGCGUCGAUAUUCAGCUGAAUCACCAUUUCUGGCACGGCUUAAGUCCUCAAAAUUGUUGAGAGGUAGUUUUAAAGAUGUCUCUUCUUAUGCUUAUAGUACCCCAGGAAUGUCAGGGUGUUCAUUUAAUAGGUAUAGUGUUAGAAAUCCUAGCACUGCAGAGUCUUGGAAUCCGACUACCGAAUCUUGCAAUGAUGAGAUAAAUGAUAGUUUAGAUUCCCGGGGUAGUCGGGGAUGUGGGCUACCGUGUUGGUCUAGGAGGAGCAGUCCUAAGUACAGAGGGGCACGUGGGAGUUCUUGCUCGCCGUCGCUUUCUGAUAUUUUGAGAAGGAAAGGAAGCAGUCUUCUGUGUGGAAGUCAAACUAUGUAUCACAGACGAUAUUAUGGAGCAUCUUUGAGUUCCAAACAGAAGACAUUCGAAUCGAAGACUUCUCAAGGUCUAGUUCCUUUGCUAACUAGUACGGGUGAUGGUAGAGUUGGAUCGUCAUUAGAAACAUGGAGGACUGAUGAUGAUCUCUCCACAAACUACGGAGGGACUGAUCUGGAAGGAUCAAAUCGACUGGAUGGAAGAAGGUGGUCAACAACCUAUGAGAGCCAAGAUGGCUUGGAAUUAGUUGCACUCAAUAAAGAAAGAGAAUAUGAAAGUGUUGGGACUUUGAGCCACAGGUAUAGGCCGAUGUUUUUUUCGGAAUUGGUUGGGCAAAAUGUUGUCAUUCAGUCCCUCAUGAAUGCAAUUUUGAAGGGAAGGAUAGCUCCUCUUUAUCUUUUCCAAGGUCCUCGGGGCACUGGGAAAUCGUCAACUGCAAGGAUCUUUGCAAAUGCUUUGUAUUGUCUUGCUAACGAGAAAAGUAAGCCUUGUGGAGUUUGCCGGGAAUGUACCAACUUUAUAGGUGAAAAGAGCAAGGAUCUUACUGAAGUUGAUGGCUCCAACAAAAAGGAAAUUGUUAAAGUUAGAUGUAUGUUGAAAAGAUUGUCAGCAAGUCCCUUAGUGACCUUUUCUCGGUAUAAGGUAUUUAUUAUUGACGAGUGUCACUUGUUACCGGCAAAGACAUGGUUAGCAUUCUUGAAGUUCCUUGAGGAACCACCUCCACUUGUCCUGUUCAUAUUCAUAACAACUGAUCUCGAUAAUGUGCCUCGCACUGUUUUAUCGAGGUGUCAGAAGUUCAUCUUCAACAAAAUUAGAGAUCGUGAUAUUGUUUCCAGGUUGCAAAAGAUUUCACAUGAGGAGAAUCUAGAUGUUGAAUCAGAUGCAUUGGAUUUAGUUGCUCUAAAUGCUGACGGUUCACUUCGAGAUGCAGAAACUAUGCUGGAGCAGUUGACAUUGUUGGGCAAAAGAAUCACCACAGAUCUAGUCAACGAACUUGUGGGUGUCGUUUCUGAUGAGAAACUUUUAGAACUACUGGAGCUGGCCAUGUCCUCUGAAACAGUAGAAACAGUAAAAAGAGCUAGAGAGCUAAUGGACUCGGGCAUUGACCCAAUGCUAUUGAUGUCUCAGCUGGCGACUCUCAUUGUGGAUAUUAUAGCUGGAACAUACCACAUUGUUGAUUCCAGACACGAUGAUUCAUUCUUUAGCGGGAGAAGUCUGAAUGAUGCUGAAUUGGACAGAUUAAAGCAUGCUCUAAAGCUUCUUUCUGAGGCAGACAAGCAGCUAAGAACUUCAAGUGAACAAUCCACAUGGUUCACAGCAACACUAUUGCAGCUAGGCUCUGUACCUUCACCAGACCCUAGUUUGUCUGGAAGCAGUAGGAGGCAGAGUUCCAAGACGAUUGAGGAGGAUCCAUUGAGUACUACAAGGGAAGUUAUUAUUCAAAAUGGCUAUGCAUUGCGGAAGUCAACUACACCAAGAUCUUUGUUUAAAGCCUCGCAACGAGAUUCAAUAAGUCAAGAAGAGCAACUACAUAGUCUGGACUCAAAGGCUACUCAAUGCCGGUAUUUAGAUAGUUCUCCACCAAAUGUGUCACACAAUGAUUCUGCAAUGGAAACAACAAAUUCAAGUAGUGCAGAUUCAGGCAUUUUAAAUGACCUAUGGAUGCAAUGCAUUGAAAAGUGCCAUACUAGUACGCUGAGACAGCUGCUUCAUACUUAUGGAAAGCUCGUGUCAAUCUCUGAAGUCGAAGGUGAUAUUAUUGCUAAUAUUGCCUUCCAAAAUAGAGCUGUCAAGAUUAGAGCUGAAAGGUCUGUGAGCAGCAUUGAAAACUCGUUUAAAAUUGUUUUACAGCAUGAUGUAGUAGUCAAAAUCAUACUAGUGACAGAUGACGAGAAUUCAGUAAGUAGUGGAAGACGUGUAAUAUCACCGGAAUCUAUGGUUCAGAAGCAAAUGUACAAAACUGAGGUGAUCAAUGGCGAAAGGAGAGUUAUUUGCACUAACGAAUUAUAUGGGUAUUCUGAUCUUGAGUCUUACCAACCAGUGCAAGUAUCAAGAGCGUCUUUAAAUGAUUCUGAUUGCAAGCCAGUUGGAAUAUCUGACCUUAAUGCAGAAUCACCAUCUCGGAUGGUCGAAGGGAAUGCUAAAAGCAGCAGUGCUGAAGAGAGAAAGCUUGUAGCUCCUGUACGUAGAAUCGAGUCUAUUAUACAUGAGCAAAGGUUAGAAACUGCAUGGUUGCAGAUCGCGGAAAAAGGUACUCCUGGAUCAUUUAGUAGAUGGAAACCUGAGAGAAACCAAAUCCUGCCUCAAGAGGGUAUCUACAACAGAAAUCAAAGUGAAUCAAUGGACUCUAAGAGCUUGAAAUCUCAACACUGGGAAGAUGAGCUGAAUGCUGAACUGAAUGCUCUAAAGAUUAAUGGUGGAAAGGUCCUUGUCAGGGACCAAAUAGGUAAAAGGAUUGAUCAUUAUCCAAUGUCUCCAAGCUUGUUGCACAACAACUUCAACAGAGAAAGCACGGGAUAUGAAUCUAGCACGGGAGCUGGAGGUUGCAGUGGACUACUUUGUUGGAUUAAUCCAAAAAACCCUAAAAGGGGGAAGAACAAACAAAGGACGCCUGGCCAUUCACAGAAAAGUAGACGCUUUUUAUGGUUUGGAGAGUGUGCAAAGUUGAGGACUCAGGAUAGAUUUAGAUCAUGAUACAGAAGUACUCAACUUUAGAGUUACAAAUUUCAAACCCAACCCCUCCAUUUUUGUUUAGUAUAUCUAGUUUUUUUGUCUAAACAUUUCAAGAGACAACAAUAGUUUUAAUAAAGCUGAGGACAUUCUAAAUUGUGCCUUGUAUAUCUACAUGUGAGAUAGCUUUAAUAAAUAGAAUACAUUAUAUUCAGCAGAAAUAAAUAAAUCAGAAGACAAAUUUUUUGUGGCUUA